GGGCGCGGCGGGCUUGUUGUCUUACACCGGGUAAGGGCUAACGGUUUCCGGUAGUGGCAGCCCCCAAGAGUGGGAGAAAAGGGGCGACGGCGCGUCCCGGAACCCCGACCCUCUAGAACAAGAUGAUGGGCUUCGGCACGGCCGCGUUAGAGUCCAGUGAAAGCGAAGAGACCCUGGAGGCCCCGGGGACACCCCCGGAGCCGCGAGCCCCGGAACCCCGAGCCCCAGAGCCCGAGCCGGGCUUGGACUUGAGCCUGAGCCCGAGCCCGCUGCCCGAGAGUCCGAAGCAGCGGAAGGGCAGCCCGGGUCGGCGGAAGGGGCGGCGGGGCGGCAGCCGGAGGGGGCGGCAGGUUCGUUUCCAGCUGGCGCCGCCCUCCCCGGUCCGGUCGGAGCCGCUGCGGGCGGCGGGGGCACCGGGCGAGGAGCAUGAGCUGGAGGCGCCGGCCCUGCAGAGCAGCCUGGCUUUGAGUCUGGAGCUGCAGAACGCGCGCGCCGCUGCCGCCAGCGGCCAGUUUGAUGCCGCGAAGGCGGUGGAGGAGCAGCUGAGAAAGUCGUUCCAGACCCGCUGUGCCCUGGAGGAGACCGUGGCGGAGGGGUUGAACGUGCCGCGCUCUAAGCGGCUCUACCGGGACCUGGUGAGUCUGCAGGUGCCCGAGGAGCAGGUUCUGAACGCCGCGCUAAGGGAGAAGCUGGCGAUGCUGCCACCGCAGCCCCGAGCCCCGCCCCCGAAGGAGGUGCUCCGGCCAGGGCCAGACGUGACGAUGCUGUGCAACCCAGAUUCUCUGUGGUACGAAUCUCCGCACUUGACAGUGGAUGGGCUGCCCCCACUAAAGCUUCAAGCCCGGCCCCGCCCUGCAGAAGACACCUUUCUCAUGCAUCGGAUGCUGAGGCGCUGGGAAGCGUAGCCCUCAAAACCCCGGAAUUGCUAGUCUGUAUUUUUUGCUAGAAUUGUCUUUUCAUAGAAUAAAAUGUUUUUCCCCCUA